AUGUCUGCAUUCGUGGAGAAUACAGGGAGCACUGCGCGAGACUUCCAGAUGCUCGAGCGGAACCUGCUCUCGCAUGUCAAGCUUGCCAUGCUCCUUUCGCUCUUGUCCUCGUCCAUCCUGCUGAAGACGCGCCUAUCCGGAGGUUCGAGCACCUCGUCCGGCGAUCCGAGCAGGAUCCAACUGCCAAUCGCCUCACUCGAAUUCGCUGCGGCGCUCUGCACGAUCUUCGCAGGGAUGUACCAGUACUUCAGAACGUGGAAGGACUACCAGACCCUGCGCGGGUUUCUCACGGCGACAAAAGUGCACUUUAGCAUCAUGGUGGCUGUGGCAGCAGUGGUGUUUACGACAUGUAUCGUGCUACUGGUCGAGGAGUCCUUCUGA